AUGAAAUCAAAACAACAACAACAACAAAUACAUUAUGAUGUUGAUGAAUCAGCAUCAUCGACAAAUAAUAAUAGUAGUACACCAAAGAAAAAACAAUUGAAAACACCAAAACAUCGUUUGAGCGAUGGUAAAACAACAUUGUCUCCACAGGAAUACGAUACAUUGAAUUUCUUUUAUAAACCACAUACUUUACUCUGUCUAGCGGUAGCAGGUAUCGUAACGAUAUACUUUGCAUUCAACAACGAGCAAUCAUCAGAAGGAAAUGUUAAAACUGGAUUACUUGGAGUAUGUGCAGCUUUCCUUUUGUUUUCAAUGUUACAGAUGAGAGAUGGACUCUUUGUUCGUCCACAUCCAGCAUUCUGGCGUGUCGUCAUGGGUAUGGGUGUUAUUUAUUUAUGCGGAUUAGUUUUCUUGUUAUUCCAAACCGCAGAUGACGCACGUUUGAUUAUGAAACAUAUCGAUCCAAAACUUGGAGUGAAACUACCAGAGAGAUCGUAUGCAGAGAAUUGCGAUCUCUACACACCAGACCACCCAGAGUCAAACUUUAAGAAUCUCAAGGACACUGUCAACGAUGAAUUCAUUUGGGCUCAUCUAUUUGGUUGGUGGGGAAAGACCUUGCUUCUUCGUGAUCCAAUCUUGUGCUGGACUCUCAGUAUAACCUUUGAAAUUUUAGAAUUGACAUUUGCACAUUGGUUACCAAAUUUCCAUGAAUGUUGGUGGGAUCAUAUCUCUGUUAUUGAAUUGAAUGCAUUCUUCUUAAAGACAUUAUUGUGGAUUCCACCACCCAAUCCAAUCAAUAUCUACAGAUUGUUAUUGUUGUGUUUGAUUGGUACACCGGGUCUUCGUGAGUACUAUCAAUACAUUACCGAUAAGCAAACCAAGAAACUCGGUACCAUGGCAUGGAUCUGUAUUGCUAUUAUCAGUGUUGAAGUACUUAUCUGUGUCAAGUACGGAGGUGCAAUGUUCUGGGCCAUUCCAAUGCCACCCCAAGUUAAAUACCCAUGGAUUAUAGGUCUCACCAUCUUUACUGUUGGUUCGGUAUUCUAUUUCGGUUUCUACAAGAAAUCAAAAAAGCAGUCGUCUUCUUCAGCAACAAACAAAUCAAUCGAAAAGACUGAAUAA